GGGAGGCGGUACCUCCCGCUGCCUUCGCCCGGCGGGGCCAUGGCGAGCGGGGCGGCGCGGCGGCUCGGGAUGCGGCGGCUGCUCCUGCUCUGCGCCGUGCUGCUGGGCUCGGCCCGCGCUCUGCACAUCAAGAAAGCCGAAGCGGCGGCGGAACCCGCGGAAACGCUGCGUUACCUGAGCUCGGCCGAGCUGGGCGAGGCGCUGCGGGCGCUGGCGGAGGAGGAGGCUCCGGCGGGGCUGGCGCGGCUCUUCAGCAUCGGGGACUCGGUGGAGGGGCGGCCGCUGUGGGUGCUGCGGCUCACGGCGGGGAUGGGGCCCCCGCGGGACGGCGAGGAGCCGGGGGGAGCGCCGAUCCCCGGGCGGCCGCAGGUGAAGCUGGUGGGCAACAUGCACGGCGACGAGCCCCUGGCGCGGCCGCUGCUGCUGCGCCUGGCGCGGGAGCUGGUGCGGGGCUGGGCGGGCGGCGAGGAGCGCAGCGCCCGCCUGCUCAACUCCACCGACCUCUACCUGCUGCCCAGCCUCAACCCCGACGGCUUCGAGCGCGCCCGCGAGGGGGAUUGCCGCGGGGAGGGCGGCCGCGAGAACAGCCGCGGCCGAGACCUCAACCGCAGCUUCCCCGACCAGUUCGGGGCCGCCCAGCCCGACCUGGAGCCCGUGCCCGAGGUGCGAGCGCUCAUCGCCUGGAUGCGCCGCAACAGGUUUCUGCUUUCUGGCAAUCUUCAUGGUGGCUCAGUGGUUGCAAGCUAUCCCUACGAUGACUCUCCCACGCAUAACCCUACAGGAGUCUACAGUAAAUCGGCUGAUGAUGAAGUGUUCAAGUACUUGGCAAAAGCUUACGCGUCGCAUCACCCCAUAAUGAGAACUGGCAAACCCAAUUGCCCUGGCGAGGAGAGAGAGACCUUCCAAGAUGGUAUCACAAACGGUGCCCAGUGGUACGAUGUAGAAGGUGGAAUGCAGGAUUACAACUACGUCUGGGCCAACUGCUUUGAGAUCACAUUGGAGCUGUCCUGCUGCAAAUACCCGCCGGCCUCCGAGCUUCAGCAGGAGUGGGAGAACAACCGGGAGUCUCUCCUUUCUUUCAUUGAGCAGGUCCACAUCGGUGUGAAAGGCUUUGUCAGGGAUGCAGUCAGUGGAGCUGGCCUGGAGAACGCAACCAUUGUUGUUGCUGGUAUUGCUCACAACAUCACAGCAGGCAGAUAUGGCGAUUACCACCGACUCCUUGUGCCUGGGACCUACAACGUGACUGCGGUUGUAAUUGGCUAUGCACCAGUGACCAGAGAGAAUAUUGAGGUGAAAGAAGGAGCUGCGACAGAAGUGAAUUUCUCCUUGCAGCCAACUGUAAUGCCACCAGCUCUUAAUGAAACACAGUUCACAGUGACGCCUGCUCCCAUCUCUACAGUCACCCCUACCUCUGUGCAGGAGGAGGCCCAAACCCCCACACCUCUCCAUCAACCCAUCCAGCCUGUGGACUUCCGCCACCACCACUUCUCAGACAUGGAGAUCUUUCUGCGACGAUACGCCAGCGAGUACCCCAACAUUACCCGGCUCUACUCCGUGGGCAAGUCAGUGGAGCUGCGUGAGCUCUAUGUCAUGGAGAUCUCGGACAACCCUGGCAUCCAUGAAGCAGGUGAGCCAGAGUUCAAGUACAUCGGUAACAUGCAUGGGAAUGAAGUUGUGGGGCGUGAGCUUCUCCUGAACCUCAUCGAGUACCUCUGCAAGAACUUUGGCACAGAUCCUGAAGUGACCGAGCUGGUCCAGAGCACACGGAUCCACAUCAUGCCGUCUAUGAAUCCUGAUGGCUAUGAGAAGUCCCAGGAAGGAGACAGAGGAGGUACCGUUGGCAGAAACAACAGCAACAACUACGAUCUGAACCGGAAUUUCCCAGAUCAGUUCUUCCCUGUGGCAGACCCUCCACAGCCAGAAACUCUCGCUGUCAUGACCUGGUUGAAGAAUUACCCAUUCGUGCUCUCGGCAAACCUGCACGGAGGUUCUCUGGUGGUUAAUUACCCCUUUGAUGACGAUGAACAAGGAGUAGCCAUAUACAGUAAAUGCCCAGACGAUGCAGUGUUUCAGCAGCUGGCGCUUUCCUACUCCAAGGAAAAUACAAAGAUGUAUCAGGGAAGCCCUUGUAAGGACAUGUACCCCAAUGAGUACUUCCCACAUGGCAUCACUAAUGGGGCUCAGUGGUACAACGUCCCAGGUGGGAUGCAAGACUGGAAUUACUUAAAUACAAACUGCUUUGAAGUGACCAUUGAAUUGGGCUGCGUGAAAUAUCCCAAAGCUGAGGAGCUGCCAAAGUACUGGGAGCAGAACCGCCGCUCUCUCUUGCAGUUCAUGAAACAGGUUCACCGCGGUGUCUGGGGGUUUGUGCUGGAUGCUACGGAUGGAAGGGGCAUUCUCAACGCCACCAUCAGUGUUGCUGACAUCGACCACCCAGUGAACACCUACAAGGAUGGAGACUAUUGGCGCCUUUUGGUCCCUGGGACGUACAAGAUCACAGCAUCUGCCCGAGGGUAUGAUCCAGUCACUAAGACGGUGGAAGUUGGCAGCAAAGAUGGGGUGCAAGUCAACUUUGCUCUUUCGCGAACAGACGUCAAAGUGGAGGAGGGGAAGGUGCCAGUCUUGAACACCCCAGACACCGGUGAUCCUAACAAGAAGGAGUUUGAGACUCUGAUCAAAGACCUGUCUGCUGAGAAUGGCCUGGAGCGCCUCCUGCUUUCCUCCUCGGGGGAUGUUUCUCCUUACCGAUACCGCCCUUACAAGGACCUCUCCGAGUUCCUUCGAGGCCUCUAUCUGAACUACCCACACAUCACCAAUCUCACCAGUUUGGGUCAGAGUGUUGAGUUCCGUCAGAUCUGGUCCCUUGAAAUCUCCAACAAGCCCAACCAGUCCGAGCCCGAGGAGCCAAAGAUCCGCUUUGUUGCUGGUAUUCAUGGAAAUGCUCCUGUUGGUACAGAGCUGCUCCUGGCACUGGCAGAGUUUCUUUGCAUGAGCUACAAGAAGAAUGCUGCUGUUACAAAGCUGAUUGACCGAACACGGAUUGUGAUUGUGCCAUCCCUGAAUCCGGACGGACGUGAGGUAGCCCAGGAGAGAGGCUGCACAUCGAAGAUAGGCGAGACUAAUGCUCAUGGCAGAGAUCUGGACACAGACUUCACAAGCAAUUAUUCCCGAUAUUCGGGGACACGAGAGCCUGAGACCAAAGCCAUCAUAGAGAACUUGAUAUUGAAGCAGGAUUUCAGCCUCUCUGUUGCGCUAGAUGGAGGAUCUCUGCUUGUCACUUACCCAUAUGAUAAGCCAGCACAAACAGUGGAGAACAAAGAAACACUGAAGCAUUUGGCAUCACUGUAUGCAAACAACCAUCCGCUGAUGCAUUUGGGCCAGCCGGGCUGUCCAAAUAAGUCUGAUGAGAAUAUUCCUGGCGGUGUGAUCCGUGGCUCUGAAUGGCACAGUCACUUGGGAAGUAUGAAGGAUUUCAGCGUUACAUUUGGUCACUGUCCUGAGAUCACUGUUUACACCAGCUGCUGUUACUUCCCAAGCGCAGGGCAGCUUCCUGGCCUGUGGGCGGAUCACAGGAAAUCUCUCCUUAGCAUGCUCGUGGAGGUUCAUAAAGGCGUCCAUGGGUUUGUCCAAGACAAGAAUGGCAAGGCCAUUUCUAAAGCUACCAUUGUUCUUAAUGAAGGUUUGAAGGUCUAUUCUAAAGAAGGUGGCUAUUUCCAUGUGCUGUUGGCUCCAGGUUUGCAUAACAUCGAUGCGAUAGCUGAUGGGUACCAGCAGAAACAUGUCAAGGUCUUUGUACGUCAUGAUGCUCCCAGCUCUGUCUUGAUUGUAUUUGACACGGAAAACAGGAUAUUUGGUCUGCCAAGGGAGCUGGUUGUAACUGUUGCAGGUGCAAGUAUGUCUGCUCUGGUCCUCACCGCCUGUAUCAUCUGGUGUGUCUGCUCAAUUAAGUCCAACAGACACAAGGAUGGCUUCCACCGCCUCCGACAGCACCAUGAUGAUUAUGAGGAUGAAAUCCGCAUGAUGUCCACAGGCUCAAAGAAAUCCCUCCUGAGCCAUGAAUUCCAGGAUGAAACGGACACUGAAGAAGAAACAUUGUACUCCAGCAAACACUGACACCUCAGGGGCAGGAAAGGAGGUUCUCAUGGACCAGACCUGGUGGCAGGGGGCUAUCCCUGUGGUUCAGUUUUGAAACAUUAGUUUGCAGGAUGUGUCCUCCAGAGGUGUGGAUGGCAGCUCCCAAGUUCCCUUUAUUUGCUCUGUUCCUAUGUACAUGCAAAUCAGUGGGUGUUGGGAGGCUGUGUUCGGGCUAAGGGCAUGGCUUGUUACAUUUUUGGCUCAAGAUCUGGAGGUUUACAUGAAUUUGUUUGAAAGGCAACUUAACAGGAUGGCCAGCAGAGUUCCUAGCACUUCCCCAGCAUCUCGACAAAGUGAGCAGAUGGUGGGGAAGUGUCUUAAGACCUGCAUGGGGUCAUAGUUACAACACUCCAAAGCAGUUUCUCUCCCUGUUUUGAUUUCAUGUUUUCUACUCUGUUCUUGGGGGAAGCCAGAUCCUUCACUUGACUCCAUGUUCUGCAGAGCAGCCUUUGGAAUAAGACUGUACUUGGUUCUCAGCUGCUCCCUUGAAGCUUUUCCCCACCCUGAGAUGUUCUGGCCUGCUCUGGUCCGCAGUGGUUGUGGAGCACCUCUAAUGCGCUGCUAGUUCCAGGCGAUGGCUUGGCAUCCUCAAAGCUGGGGGAGACGACAUCUAUUUUUGCUGUGAGCUGGAGAAAGGAGCAAAUGUUAGAGCUUCAAUGAACUCUGUCAGAGUUCGAUUGCUUUCCAGCUCUGCAGUACUGCUGUUCCUGACUUCUGGGGAAGAAAGAAACUUUAUCCCCAUCACCCCUGGUUGCUUUUUGUUUGUGUAGUAGUCCUGGCCUUUGGCGUAGGAUGUUGGUGUUACAACAGCGUGGUGUCUGAAAGAGCAACUCAGGAUUGUUCUAAGCAACUGGAUAAACUGAUCGUGGUGGAUAGUGCUUAAAAGCAACCUGUUGCUGACCCACCUGAUCAGUUUUGCUCGAGUCCACCACCAUUCAGGAGGAAACUGUGAAAUCUGACCACUACUUUGUAUUUAAGCAUUACUGGAGCAGCAGGGAGAGGUCAUGGGAGUAUCCAUGGCCUAACUUCAGUCUUAAAUUUUGAAGAAAAGCUGCACCGUUUGCUAUUGUCCACCUAAAACCUUUUAGUGAUGAGAGCACUUUGGAAAAACCCUCUCAUCCAGCUGUGGUAGUCGUAGGCAUUGAAUUAGCCUGCUGGCUUGGCUCUGUUCUGCUACUACAGCAUUUCUCAAGUGUGUAGCAACAGCUCUGCCUGCUUGUGUGGCUGCAGCUGUAGCUGCUGCUGUGGUGCCCGGAUGUGGAGUAUGAGGAAGGGCAGGAAUGUCUGUGCUGAAGGAGAUGGGGAGAAGUAGCCCAAUGCUGUUUUUUAGCACUUGGUAGGAAGCUGGAGCUGCAUCCUCCAUCCCCAAACACAUGGGAUUUAUAGGGCAUAGAAGGGAUGUCCAGAGAAGAAAGGCUGAAAUGUUUGCUUUCUAAAGCCUUUAUACACCUCUGAUGUUCCUGUGCUUUCUGGGCAGCAGGCUGGGGUUAGAAUAGGCACUUAUUUUCUUGCUGCUCAUUUUCUUCUUUAAUUCUUGCCACACUGACCCAAGCUGUGGGGCGCAGGAGCCUGGUGCAGCAAUGUUUUAAGCACCCAGUUUGCCUUGAGCUGCUCUGUCACCAGCAGCCUGGGGAGGUCCCACUAGUAAAACCUGCGUGUGUGGUGUAUUUGGGGAGGUGUGUUUGCACUCAAAUGUGUGAUAGGCUCUGGUGUGGUCUGUGAGAGAACAGCACAGUGUGUUCUCUGUGAAGGCUGCUGGGCCACAUCACCUGGGGAAGGAGCUGCUCCUCGUCUCUGUGUGUGGUAGAUCCCUUUCCAGACCCACACGCCUGUGGCUCUGCUGCCACACUCAUCAUCUUGGCAGCUGCGUGCUGGUUUUGUGCAGGUCCCUUGUCUGAGGGACAAGGAUAACCCUCAGACAUCAGUACAUCUUCUGCAAGAUGUGAGAAAAUCUGGCUUGGUAGGAGUUCUGGAAACAGGGAGAUGAGGCUGAAUGUUCCCUGUGCUCCUGUCCCACGGCGCUGUGGCAUGGAAGAGCUGAUCUCGCUGCCUCUGUUUUGCAGGAGCCAUGAACGUCCAAUGCCUCCUCCCAACUCACUGUGCUGAGUAGGGGAGGGGAGCUGGUCUUUUUCUUUGUGCCCACCAGUACACAAUAGCAUUAACCCUGCCUUUCCUGCUUCUGAGGGCUUUAACAAGAGCCACAUCUUGGGGUUUAUAUUGAAGUUGAGUUUGCAAACAGCUCUUAGAGCUCUAUUUGGGCUUUAUUUGUGCUGGCAGUAGGGAAUGGACUGAGUUGGCCUUGUUUUGUCCCUCUAGCAAUAAGUCUCAUUAGGAAUCGGCCCUUUCUCUCUGAGAGUGUGUUUGGCAAUUAGCUUGGAUAGGUGCGUCUUUCUAAGGUGAGUGGAUUUGAGAUGUUUUGCAAACAUGCAAGACUUCUCUGCCACAGGACCAGGUGGGGUGUCUGGCUCUCACUCCCUGCUCAGAGCCACAGCAAGUGACACCUGGGGCUGUUUGUCAGCAGUGUUGGGAAGGCAGGAGCAGCCUCCCCUUGCCAUCUGUCUGUCUGUCCGUCCAUCUGCAGGCAUGCCUGUGCAGGUUCUGGUGAGGAGCCGGUCCCUUGCAGGUGUUUGUCCCUGGAGCGUGUCGGUCCGUGCACUGUGCCUUCAAAUGUCCAUUUUUACAAGGGACUUGAAUCGCCUUCUCCUGGCAGCGGGAUGGGGCGGCGCGAGGCGAGGCCUGGCUCUGCCCUCAGCCGGGCCUUCUGUUUUUUAUCUGUAUACUGAGAUCCAAUAAUCUGUAUAAAACUA